CGGCCGCUUGCUGGCCGGGAGCGGGUGGUGGAAGGUGAGAGGGAUAGGGAGGAGACCGUCGUCGGUGAGGUUCGUCGGGGAGAUCGAUGGAGACCGUCAAGUGCUGCAUCGCGUGCAUCCUGCCGUGCGGGGCGCUGGACGUGGUGCGGAUCGUUCACUCCAACGGCCGGGUGGAGGAGAUCAGCGGGGGGCCCGUGCUGGCCGGGGAGAUCAUGAAGGCGUACCCCAAGCACGUCCUCCGGAAGCCGCCGUCCACGUGCCCGGCCGACGGCGGCGGCGGCAUCGUCGUGCAGAAGCCCGUCAUCCUGCCGCCCAAUGCCGAGCUGCAGAAGGGCAAGAUCUACUUCCUCAUGCCGGUCAUGGCCGCCCCGGCCGCCGAGAAGGCCCCGGCUCCCGAGAAGAGCGCGGCGCAAGCGCAAGCGCCCGCCGCCCACGCCGCCUCCGCGGCGGCCGCGGCUGCGAGGAGGCAGCGGCGGCGGAGGAAGGACCACCACGCCGCCGCGCGGGAGGGAGCGCCGGCCUGCGGCAGCGGCGCGCCCGCGGCUGGCCCCGCGGCGGCCGGCGGCGCGGAGGGCGAGAAGGAGCGGCUGCUGGCCAACGAGAGGUACCUGUCGGAGAUCAUGAAGGAGAAGGCGUCCACGGCGAGGGACCGGCGGCGGGGGCGCGUCGCCGUGUGGCGGCCGCACCUGGAGAGCAUCACCGAGGAUGACUUGUAAUCAAGCAAGGUGUCUUGUUUCCAUUUCCCCCCCCUCCUCUCCACCUUUUCUCCUCUCGUCCAUUUCUUUCGGUUUUCAUUCCUACCGGAGUAGUAGUGGUAGUUUCUUCUUGGCUUUCUCUUUUGUUAAUUCCUCCUGCUUUGCCUGCCCUUUGGGCUUUAUUUUUUUGCCCUCUUUUCCCCGGCCCGUCUCCUUUAGAGCACCACCAUCAUCGUCCUCAUCUCCCCUGCUCACCUCCUUUACAAGGUGAAUCAUGUCUUUGUGAAGAAAAAGAUACGAUUUUUGCUAUGUUCCUUCUCUUUACAGUACAUGAUUAGGUGAUGAAGUGUACAGUACCAACUCUAGUAAUUUUCAUAUUGAUUCUGUUUUCGAA